CCAUUUUGGCUCAAGCACAAGCUCAGGGACGACUCUUCAAGGCGGGCGUCGCGUCUCGCGCGGUCCAGAAGCAGGAGGCCGCGCCGUGUCAACGAUGGCGAGCCGACGCGCCCUUCUUGUCAUCGCGCUGCUGGUCGUAGGACAGCCCACCCUGGUGGUCGCUGGGGGGGGGGGCAUGACUACGACAGCCACGGCCUCCCCAUCGGCGACGUGGACGAGGACAAGGGUGGAGAGCACGCCGCGGUCAUCGGAGAAGAGAUUGCGAAGCCCAUCAGUUGGGUGCAAGACCAGGGUUCCGACUGGCUGCUGGAGAAGAUGUUGCCCAUGGUUGCGGAGGGGUGCAGGUACGUGAUGAUGAUGUACUUCAUUCGCGUCGUCUGGCCGCUGUUUGAUCUUCUUGCAUUGUCUGCAGCCGUUCGAAAAGCGUACCAAGUAAGCGCGUCAAGAGCUCGAACUUUGGCGUCGGCGGAGUCCCCGCCAGUGCGGCUGCGGCUGGGCAAAGCUACCAUUGCAGCGACAGCCCACCCUGGUGGUCGCCGGGGGGGGCAUGACAACGACAGCCACGGCCUCCCCAUCGGCGCCGUGGACGAGGACAAGGGUGGAGAGCACGCCGCGGUCAUCGGAGAAGAGAUUGUGAAGCCCAUCAGUUGGGUGCAAGACCAUGGUUCCGACUGGCUGCUGGAGAAGAUGUUGCCCAUGGUUGCGGAGGGGUGCAGGUACGUGAUGAUGAUGUACUUCAUUCGCGUCGUCUGGCCGCUGUUUGAUCUUCUUGUAUUGUCUGCAGCCGUUCGAAAAGCGUACCAAGUAAGCGCGGCAAGAGCUCGAACUUUGGCGUCUGCGGAGUCAUCGCCAGUGCGGCUGCGGCUGGGAAAAGCUACCACUGCAGCGAAGGUGGCGGCCGCCGGCGCCCAGCACCCCGCCGAGGGCCGCACGGAGGUUGGCACGUCCAGCGGCGCCUCGAACGGAAGGCGGCCGGACGCCGGCGCGGCCAGCCCCAUGAGCCCCGUGAGGUGGGGGCAGACGCUGCUGCUCCUCGGCGACCUGCGCCGCGCUGGUGGCAACGCAACAGAAUUCGCUGCCUCAGCUGCGCGCCGGAUCGCGCAGCUGCCAAAGGUGCCCGACUAA